AUGGCCACCUCCAUACAAGUUACUUGUUUCUUGGCCAAUCCUAAAACAACCUCCUCCAAGAACGAUUACCUAAAGAAACUCAGCAGAAUUGUUGGGGGUAGUGAUGCCAAUGACGGGGAGUGGCCCUGGCAAGUCAGUCUGCAGUAUGACGGAAACCAUACUUGUGGUGGGACGCUGAUCUCCAACCAGUGGGUGAUGACUGCUGCUCACUGUGUGGAAUGGACAAGUAAUUAUUACAGCUUUUCGGUCGUCUUGGGCAUGUACCAGCUGAAUACUCCAAGCUUCCAUGAGAUUCGACGCUACUUGGAUGAGGUCAUUAUUCAUCCUGACUAUAUUGGAGUCUUGACCAGAGGGGACAUCGCUCUCCUGAAGCUCUCCGCGCCCGUCAGCUACACCCCAUACAUCCAAGCCGUCCGGCUUCCAGAUGAAACUUCCAACUCCCCCUGUGGCUUGGACUGCUGGACCACAGGCUGGGGGGUCAGAGACAGCAGCUGGGUGACUGAAAAUCUGACCCUGCAGGAGGUGGAGGUCCCUCUAAUAGACCAUGUGACAUGUGACCUGUUUUAUCAUGUCUGGUCCUCAGUGAAUGCAAGCACCGUUAUAGUCCAUGACUACCAGAUCUGUGCUGGGUACCUAGAUGGUAAGAAGGACUCUUGUCAGGGAGACUCUGGAGGGCCUCUGGUGUGUAAGGUGCAGGGUUGCUGGUACCAGGUCGGUAUUGUCAGCUGGGAUGUAGGAUGCGGUUAUUCAUACCGCCCUGGAGUCUACUCUCUUGUGCCGAACUAUCAGCAGUGGAUCCAGCAGUAUGUGCCCAAUCUGAAGUUUACGAACCUGACGAACAUCCAGCCAGACAUGAAAUGCUUGGACCUCCCUCCCGGUGCAGCGACAUCAAAGUCCAGGUUGAGCUCGAACAUCCAGAAAUUCAACGAAAACUGUAACAGCGGUUUCUGGCGAGCAGAACUUGAGGAGACUUCUGGUAAACGAGGUUGGAGUGCGACGAGAGAUAUGGAAAGUGACUCCUACAGGGGUCACCUCAAAGGCAUCGACAUCGAAGGCCCGAACGUCCGACACCCGUCGGAAAGACACAAGACAGAGGAGAAAAGCGCACUUAGCGGAUAG